AGAUCAGUUCUUGCCAAUCUUCCAACAUCUGCAAGUACCAUCCUCUAUCGCUGGACUUUCCUACAAUGGCCACUUCUUCUAGCAAGCCUGCUGUUGAAAAACGGCCCUCGGACCAAGAAAUUGUUGCUCAGAUCAACAGUAUGAAGCAAGAAAUGAACGCCAUCGCCCAAAAACUCGGUGAACUUGAAAUGGAAAAGGACGAGCACCAGCUUGUUGUGGAUACAAUCAGUCCACUGGAACCCGAACGUAAAUGCUUUAGACUUGUCGGAGGAGUAUUGGUGGAGCGAACAGUUCAGGACGUGCUACCAGCUGUGAAGACGAAUAUGGACGGGAUCCAAAAUAUCAUUCAACAACUCGUUGCCCAAUACAAGAAGAAGGAGCAGGAUAUGGAGGCAUAUCAAAAGAAGUGGAAUGUACAGAUCCGGGACCAAUAGACGAGGUUUUUUGUGAGGGUCAUUUCCAUCGCGCUGUGGUGUGAUUUGCGCAAAUAGCAUUGCGAGAGGUCACCCGGCGCAGGCUGCAUCUCAGCUUUAGUGUAUUGAUACUUGUCGCGAUCAACUAAUAUAGUGUAUAUAUGGUACUUGCCGUCCUUAA